GGGGUCACAACAGUCGCCUUGUGACCGGCUCUGCGAACACAUCAUCGCGCUCUGCUACACCACGACGUCCGUUUCACCGAGGUCUCCUGGUUCAGCCACUCCUGCUAGACUGUUGGUGACGCCGGGGUGUCCACCAUGGUGGUGAUGCUGAAGCAGUGCUGUUGCGGGUGCACGCUCAAGACAGGUACCCUGAUCAUCGCCGUCGUGUUUGCGAUCCAGGCAGGCCUGCAAGUCGUCAUGUACUCAGUGGUCGCCGUGGAGCUGUCGGAGCACUACGACGAUCUGCGCGGCGAGUUAGCGUUCCAGGAGCAGGAGCUGACUGGGACCUCGAUGCCCUAUGCGGACGAGGACGAAGGGCCACUAGGCAGCAACGAUACGAGCCACCACCACAACAGCUACGAGCACCCUGUGCCCCUCACCUUGCGGAUCAAAAUCACCAACAUCUGGAGGUGGUGCGUGAUACUACUGAGCAUCACGGAGACGAUCAACUUCAUCGUCAACAUACUGCUCAUGUUCGCAGCCAAUAAGGACUCCGCGCGCCACGUGCUCAUCUGGCUGUUUGGCUUCUUCGGCACCACGUGUAGCCGCACGCUGCUGCAGAUCGUCAUAGUCGGCGCCUUCUUCUACGUCGACUUCGUCAUUACAGGCUUCAUCCUGCUCUCCGUAGCGGUCGUCCUAUCAGUGGGCGCAGCCUACAGCUUGCUGGUGGUGCUCAGCUACUACCGCCAGCUGGUGGGAACUGGAAUCGCCAGGAGGAUCUCCCAACAGGAGGACUGAGCAUCACCCCGUAUCCUCCUCCUGAGGACUGCGAGCACAGCUGGACGGCGAUCCAGCAGGGUCCAUUCUCCAGCACUGUCCCCUUGCCAUGUCUCUCGUGCAAACACAGACAUUUAUCACUAACAAACUUUGUAUAUAUUUUUUAAUAAACAUUAUGUGACAACUCUGUCA